GACAGCGACUCCUGCUAAUUAUUUGCUCCCUCCAUUCUCAAGCAAGAUAUCGUAUUCUCUUCUCUCCCAAAUCCGAAUAUGAUUACUGCCCCACGAAACGAUUCUGGUUCCCAAAAGAAAUAAACCCUACAAGUGGAGUCUCUCUCUCUCUCUCUCUCUCUCUCUGUAAAUUCUCUCUCUCUACGCCAUGGCCACUGAAGGUGGAGAAGGCGGGAAGAAGGACAGGAAGAAAGAUGUGAUAAGGCUCGAGCGAGAGUCAGUGGUUCCAAUCAUGAAGCCCAAGCUCAUCAUGAAACUCGCCUAUUUAAUAGAGCGUGGUUCUGACAGGGCUGAGUUUCUCAAGCUCUGCAGGAGAGUAGAAUAUACUAUCCGUGCAUGGUAUAUUCUUCAGUUUGAGGAUCUAAUGCAAUUGUUCUCACUGUUUGAUCCUGUUCAUGGUGGUCAGAGAUUAGAACAGCAGAAUCUGUCUCCUGAAGAGAUUGAUGUUCUUGAACAGAAUCUGCUGACAUAUCUUUUCCAGGUAAUGGAAAAGAGCAAUUUUAAAAUUGUCACUGAUGAGGAGAUUGAUGUUGCACAGUCUGGGCAGUAUCUAUUAAAUCUUCCUAUUAAAGUGGAUGAAUCUAAGCUGGACAAAAUGCUAUUGUCGAAGUAUUUCAAAGAGCAUCCACACGAAAAUCUUCCAGAAUUUUCAGAUAAGUAUGUGAUCUUCCAUCGCGGCAUUGGAAUUGAUCGAACUACUGAUUACUUUAUUAUGGAAAAGCUGGAUGUUAUCGUAUCUCGGCUAUGGAGGUGCUUCCUCAGAGUCACCAGGCUCCAAAGGCUUUUCGUAAAAAAACCGAGGACAAAACCCACUAGUGAUCCAAAGAAAACUGAUGAAGUAAGUGCAGAAACAGAAGAGCAAGACAUGUUCAUUGAACGUAUUCGGCUUGAAAACAUGGAACUAAGCUUCAAGAAUCUACUUGGUCAGAUCACAAUACAAGAGCCCACUUUUGACAGGAUGAUUGUUGUUUACAGACGGGCAGGUACGAAGACUAAAAUAGACAGAGGAAUCCAUGUGAAGCACUUUAAGAAUAUCCCUAUGGCUGAUAUGGAGUUAGUUUUGCCUGAGAAGAAAAAUCCAAGUCUGACACCGAUGGACUGGGUCAAGUUCCUAAUCUCUGUUGUACUUGGACUUGUGACCCUUGUUACAUCGCUUGAAAUGCCUAAAGCUGAUUUCUGGGUUGUUUGUGCAAUUCUUUCUGGUUUGAUUGGUUAUUGCGCUAAGAUUUACUUCUCCUUUCAGGCAAACAUGGCAACUUACCAAAACUUGAUCACACAAUCGAUGUAUGACAAGCAAUUGGAUAGUGGAAGAGGAACACUUCUACAUUUAUGUGAUAACAGUCGUAAGUUGCAGGUUAAAGAGGUGAUAAUUUCCUACUUUAUUUUGAUGGAACAGGGAAAAGCCACAUUACAAGAUCUUGACCUUCAAUGUGAAGAACUUAUUCUAGAGGAGUUUGGUGAGAGAUGCAACUUUGAGGUUCUGGAUGCUGUCCAAAAGUUAGAGAGGCUUGGCAUCGUGUCUCGAGACUCUAUCGGCAGGAUUUAUUGCGUACCUUUGAAGAGAGCCAACGAGAUCAUAGGAUCCACAACCGAAGAAUUGGUGAUCAAAGCCAAACAAAAUCCUGCUCCUUAAUCUUAUGCAGUGUCUGUUGAUGUUGAUCGAGCAUCGUAUGCAUAUAAGUGGUCUGUUUGGAUACGUAAAAUGUGCAUAUGAAUUGGUGUAGUUUUUUUUCUUUCUUUCCACAUAUUUUACGUUUGUUAAUUUAAAUGUUUGGAAAACAGUUGGAUGUUCAUAUUGAAAUGAUGUGUUUUAUUUCUUGUGAGAGGUUUGUUUAUGUGAA